UCGAACGAAACGGACGCGAACGCGGAAAUUGGAACGUUGCAAAAACGUUGCGCCAAGCGAAUUUCGAAAACGGAAUUUUUGGAAAAUUUUGUAUUUCAACAAAUAAACAACAUCUAGUAUACAUUUAAAUACUUGAAGCGUGCAACGUUUGUUUUUUUAAAUAGAGUAUUUAUUUGGUAUUUAUUUAUUCGGUUUGCAAUUCGCGUGGAAUUUCGCGGUAUUUCAAAAACGCUAAAAAUAGCGAAAAAGUGGCUAAAAGUGCAUAUAUUAAUAUAUCAAAAUAUAUACAAACGAAGUGUAUGUGAGAGUGUAUUAGUGUGUGUGGUUUUGUGUUAAUACAAAUUAUCGACCAAAUACAUAAGGCCGCACAUUUGUGUCGCCCCUUUUCAUCCGCCCGCUGCGACAUUAACUUCAUUUUUUGUUGCUGCUUCCCCAACGGCUGUUGUGCUUUUUUCGUUGUUAUUGUUUUUGUUUUAUUUCCUAUGGAUAUUGACCAACGCUGUUCAUUAACUGAGCCCAACCAGAGGAGCAGCAGCAGUAGCAAAAGCCGCCAACAGCUGCCGGUCUAAGCGGGAAAACGAGGCCAGAGGCAAAAAACCGCACCGCAAAACUCUCAGAUUAUGCACCCGAAAGUGCAGCCACAGUUAGAGCACCAUCACCACAAAGAGCACCAAAAUCGAAAGCGAAUGCAAUUCCAAAUUCGAGUACUGAAUACUGCAAUAGCGAGACAAUAGACAACAACAUUAAAAGCUAACUCUAGAGAGCACCACAAAACUUAACCGCAAAUCCAGUCCAGCCACAAAUACACAUACAAACAGACACACAACUACACACACACAUAGAAACACACACUUACACUAAAGAGACCACCGCAGAAAGCAUUUGGCACAAACAGAAACACACAAAAUGGUGGACGAUAUAUCGCCCAUGCAUCAUCGCAUGCAGAAGAAGACGAGAAGCGCCUCGAUCUGUGCCACCGGGGCCAGCAUCGAGACCGUCAUCCACAACAUGCCCUCGGGCAGUGCCACGCCCGAGGGCGGCACUCCAGGCUACAGACGUCGCCGCCCCGCAACGCGCUCGCAAAGUGCUCGCAUCACAUCGGGCGCCAGAUCGGUCCGUCGUCGCACUCAGGCCCAGCAGCAGCAGCAACAGCAACAACACACGCUGCAGGAGACACGCUCGUAUUGCACCAGCGAGCCGCGACUAAGCGAAACGGAGACGCCUCCGCAGCGUCGCAAACUGUCGCAGCGUCGACCGCAGCCGCACGGACAUAGAAAAUCGAACGCUUUUCUGGACGUGCCCACAAUGAACAUGCAUCACCUGAGGGUGAACGACGACGACGAGGAUGUGGAUCGCCUACGCACAUUCAGUGCAUCCAAAGGAGGCAUCAUCAAUCGCGGUGACUCCUUCCGAAGACGUCGCUCACGCAGCAACAGCCUGGCGCCCGUUAGUCCCAUGCACACACGUAAUGCGAUGGCCGGUCUUAAUGGCGGCGGCGGCGGUGGCAGCAGUCUCGGACUAGGCAGCGCCUACAAUGGCGGCGGCAGCAGCACUAAUGGCUUCAGCGAGGCUCCUGGCCAGGACAACCAUCAGCCGGUGGAGUUCUAUCGCGUGGAAAUGCUCGGCUCAGCGGGUGUGGGCAAGCAGGCGCUUGUCUCGCAGUUUCGCACAUCCGAUUGCAUUAAUGCCUACGAUGGACCAGAAUGCGAUGAGGCUGAACAGAAUAUCUCAAUUAUUUUGAAUGGCAUCGAAUCGGAGCUGAAGUUUCUCACGGGCAACACAGAGAGCAAGGAUGAACUGGAACAGGCGGAUGCAUUUCUGGUGGUUUACUCCUGCAUUGACAAGGAGUCCUUUACACGGGCCAAGCAGAUUUUAUCGCGACUGCAGGACAUGGACCUGCUGCGCCAUCGUCCCACCAUUUUGGUGGCCAACAAAAUUGAUUUGGCCAGAUCACGCGCCGUCUCAGCGCAAGAUGGAAAAUGUGUGGCCUGCACGUUUGGAGCCAAGUUCAUCGAGGUAUCCGUGGGCAUUAACCAUAACUGUGAUGAACUGUUGGCUGGGACAUUGACCCAAAUACGGCUCAAAAAGGAUCAGAAUCUAUUGCAGCUGAAUCCGAAAAAGUCGAAAGACAAAACUAAAUUUAAAGAUAGCAAAGACAAGAAAGUAGAGACUGUAGAAACUGAUAAAUGUCUGACACUGACUGAUCUUAAGGCCGACGAUGUGGGUCACAGGGACGGCAGCUCCCCGGCGCAUUGGUAUAAGAGCCGCAGUGUGAUGUUGGCCAGCAUGAAGGCUCGCCAAAUGCUCACUUGGAUACUGGGCAAGGAGGAUUCCAAAUUUAAGCACUGCGAGAAUUUGCAGGUGCUCUAAGCGAGUCACAAAACCAAAAAUGCGCUUCAACCGAGAGAACAAGAGAAAAACACCAAAACACCAAAAAUAUUUAAAUAUAUAUUUACUAAGUAUAUACUUAUAUAUGGUAUAAUUGUAAUUUGUAAUUGUAUAAUCAAACAGUAUGUGAAUAUUUAUAAAAACCAAAACCAAAAACCAAAGAAAAGAACCAAAGAAAGCAUUACCUUAAAAGGUAAACAGGUUUCGAUAUUUCGAUUACCUAUAUACACAUAUAUAUAUAAUAUAAUAACACUUUAGAGAGCGUCUGUCUAUAUGCUUCAACAAAAAUGUAUCUAAAGCCUGAUAAUCAAAAAUUAAAUCAAAUUUAAUGUUUAAAACGAGGCAACUAGGAGGCGAGCAACUUUAUGGAACCAAGCAAAUGCAACAAAAAAUGAACAACCUAAAAACUUUAAACAAGGAAUCAAAACAAAUACUAAAUACUUAACUACUUACUUAAAUUGAGAAGCAACUUUUCUAAGCUUUGAGCAAAGUGAAAAUAAAAACAACAAAAACAUAUAAAAUAUUUUCCCAUAAACCUCUAAACAGUCUAGCAGAGAUUAACUAUUUACAACAUAUUCAAGUUACCCCACAGUAAACUACGCUAAACAUAAACGAGUUUUUAUAAGAUUUAUGUAAAUGUAUGUGUAGAGUGUAGAUUAGAGAGCAGCCCUCAAAUUUCAAUGCGUGGGGUAGAUUUCGUUACUUCUAAGGACAGUGCUACAGGGUUUGCGAUUUAAGAUUUAAUCGAAAAAAAUAGAAAAAGCAAAAAAUUAACAAAUUUAAAUUAGUUAGAAAUACCUUGUUCGAUCCGAUCCGAUCCGUUAGUGUGUUUUGAGUUGUCUCUUUUGAAUACGUUGAAUUCUUAGUGUCUUCCGAUUUUUUAGAUAUGUAUGUAUAUAAUAUAUAGUCCAAUAUUGAAUGCCAUUGCAAUGUAAGGAAUUUGAGUGUCAUCCACAGAGAGGCAAACGACAAGCGUGUGCGUAUGUGAAUGUGGAUAGAACACAACAAUAAUUGUAUGUACUAAAUUUAACAAAAAGAAAACCCAAUUUAGAAAUGUUUCAAUUUGUGUGUAUAUAUGCUUAAUCACUUGUGGAUAUUUUCUAAACACAUCAGUUCUAUGUAUAAUAAUAAUAUAU